CUCAGUAAACGGAGACUUGGGGCAGACGCGGUGAUUGGGAACCCGCGGCGGAGGCCAGUGCCUUCGAGAAAAUGAAGGAACCAGAUGAUCAGGAUACUGAUGGGGGGAAAUCAGAGCGAUCAAAGAGUGAUGAAAGGCAGUCGCGUUCUUCUAGAUCUACAUCAGGAUCCGCUGUGAAAGAGGAUUACAAAUCUGUUGAAGAUGCCACGGAUGAGACAUUUACUGAAGGGGAGGAAUCAUAUUUAGGGGACAAUGAAUCAUAUGUGGAACAUUUGGAAGGAAGCUCGUUUCAGGAUGAUUAUGCAGAAAACACUGGAGAAUCUCGGUAUAUGGAAACUCCUGUCCCAGAUGCAGAAGAGGCAGAGGAGGAAGUUAAGAAGAAAAUAUCAGAAAGCUUCUUCUACGAUUAUAUGGAGCUUGCUUCGAUGCCUUUUGUGACUCCAGAUUCAAACAUACCGCUGGAUCUUCUCACACUUGUACAUUCCUUUGGUUAUGACUGCAGAAAGCGGGCCAACCUACAACUUCUGGACAGCAGUACCGUGUUGUACAUAGCUGGGAACCAGCUGAUCCUUCUGAAUUUGAAAACCAAGGAACAGACCUACCUGCGAAGUAGCAGUGGCAGAGGAAUUGGUGUCAUUGGGGUUCACCCCGAUAAAACUUACUUCACAGUAGCAGAAAAAGGAGUUUUCCCAAAGAUUAUAAUUUAUGAAUAUCCUUCUUUGAGGCCCUACAGAAUACUUCAAGAUGGGACUGAUCUGGCCUAUGCGUACGUGGACUUUAACUUCGAUGGUACCUUGCUGGCCUCUGUUGGUGGCAACCCUGACCACACACUGACCAUCUGGAAUUGGAAAGAAGAGCAGCCCAUACUGAGGACUAAAGCUUUUUCCCAGGAAGUUUUUAAAGUUACUUUCAAUCCUGAAGAUGACGAGCAGCUUACCACAUCGGGAUCAGGCCACAUCAAGUUCUGGGAAAUGGCUCUAACAUUCACUGGCCUCAAGCUUCAGGGUUCAUUGGGUCGAUUUGGCAAAACAGCCACUACUGAUAUAGAAGGUUACAUGGAGCUCCCAGAUGGGAAAGUGCUCUCAGGGUCAGAAUGGGGCAACAUGCUGCUUUGGGAAGGCGGCCACAUCAAAGUCGAGCUGAGUCGAGCUGCCGGCAAGCCUUGUCACCAGGGUCCCAUUAACCAGAUAAUGCUGGACGAGGGUGAGGUCAUCACCAUCGGGUCAGAUGGAUGUGUUCGGAUAUGGGAUUUUGAGACGAUAGACACUGCUGAUACUAUAGAUGAGACUGGAUUGUUAGAGAUCGAGCCCAUGAAUGAACUUCAAGUAGACAAGAAUGUCAAACUCUUCUCUAUGAUAAAAAUGAAUGAAACUGGAAAUAACUUUUGGUUGGCUCAGGAUUCCAAUGGAGCCAUAUGGAAGCUUGACCUUAGCUUUUCAAAUAUUACCCAAGAUCCAGAAUGCCUCUUCUCCUUCCACUCUGGAGCCAUUGAAGCCUUGGCCAUCUCUCCUCUCACUUAUCUCAUGGCCACUACUGGCUUGGACUGCUCUUUUAGACUCUAUGAUUUUGCUAGCAAAACUCCUUUGGUUCAGAUGAAAUUCAAACAAGGAGGUACUGCCCUUGCUUGGGUACCACGACUGGUAAGCUACGGUGGAGCACAGAUUACCGCGGGAUUUGAGGAUGGUGUUGUUCGAAUUCUUGAACUUUAUGAUCCAAAAGGGCUCACAGUUUUUGUGGGACGGAAGAGAGUUUCGGAUGCAGAUAUUCGUUUGAAACAGGUUUUCAAACCUCAUACUGCUCCUGUCACUGCUUUAGCUUAUGACCGUGAUGGAGAAGUUCUAGCCACAGGAAGUAAAGAUCAAACUGUCUUCUUCUUUGAAGUGGAAAGGGAUUAUAAGCCAAUCGGUUAUAUUACUACUCCUGGACCUGUUUGCCAGUUAACAUGGUCUCCAGCCUCUCAUCCUGAAAGUACUUUGCUGAUUAUUUGUGAGAAUGGCUAUGUUCUUGAAGCUCCAUUUCCAACUAUAACAGAGGAAGAGGAGGACCAUGAUGUAGUUUCCUAUGAAAUCAAAGACAUGAGUAUAAAAUAUUUCCAUUUCUCAAGUGUCAAAUCUAAGAUUCUGAGAUUAAUAGAAAUUGAAAAGAGAAAGAAACAAAAGGAGUUGAAGGAGAAGGAAAAGGAAGAAAGGAGGAAAAGGCUAGAGGCAGAGAUGGGAGAAGAUGGAGAAAAGGAACUCCAGAGGGAAGAGGAGGAGGAAGAGGAAGAGGAGCCAUUACCCGAAAUUUUUAUUCCUUUAACCCCCUGUCACAUCCUCUGUGGAUUUUACUCUGGGCCGGGGAAGUUCUGGGUUUCUUUGGGUGGCUAUGAUUCUGGUUUUCUGUAUCAUUGUGAGUUCCCCCCACGUGACAAAAGCAGUGAUAUCACGGAAAAGAAAGAUGAACCUUUUGAUUUCCGUCUUCUUGAGGAUACAGAGGAUAAUCCCAUCACAACGAUCACUUUCAGCAUUAACCAAGAAAUGAUGUUUUGUGGAAUGCAAAAUGGAGCAAUUCGAGUCUAUAUCCUAAAUAAGAAUGAUCCUUCAUUGACCAAUUUGGAGGACUACUGGCACUUCGAUAUGCAUGACAAUAAUUAUGGAUGUAUUAAAGCCAUCUCCACCAGCUUUGAUGACCGUUUCUUGGUGACUACCGGAGCAGAUAGUAAUAUCUUUGUUUUCAGCAUUUUUUCUGAAUUUGAGCUAAAGAAAGUCAUGAAAGCCAAAGUGCCAUCUCCCAGGUUUGGAAUAGAAACAGAGCCAAUUCCAGAAGAUAUUGAAGAUCCUAAAGCCUACAGUAUUGAGAAUGCCAGAAGAAAAAGAGAACAUGACAAGUUAAUGAAAGAAGUGGAAGAAAUCAAGGCUGGGAAGAGAGAACGAAUCAAAGCUUUAAGGAACGAAUUACAGAAACUAUUACAGAUGAAUGAAGAAUUACCAACACAUAUGCAGUUUAAACGGACAGAUUUUGAUCUAGAUUCUAAAAUUCGUGCUGAGAUUGACAGGAAAACAGCUAAUAAAAUUCAACGAGUGGAAAAGGAAUUAGCAUGGGAAAAAGAUAAACACCAACUUGGCCUGAUGAAGCUACAGAAUAGAUUUCGUGAUUCAUUGGAAAGCGAUACUAUUGUGGUUCAUGCCAUACAAAGUGAUCACAAGUUAUCCUCCUAUAGGCUUGUGAAGCCCUCUAAAUACUCCAAAUCCAAACGGCCAAGUCAAUCAGAGAGAAGAACAAGCAAAUUUGAGAGGUUCGAAAAAGAUGGAGCUGGAAGAAAGGAUAGCCAGAGGGAUACAGGUGGGAGUAUUAGUGUGCCAGAAGAAUCAAUCAUAGAAAAAGGGAAGAAAUUUCGGCCUAAAACCCUAAGCGAAAUUAUGGUGGAAAAUCAAAUUGAGAAAACGAGGAAACUUAUAUUAAAAGCUGAAAGGGCCCAACUGAAGAUUCAGCAGCGAAAGAAAGAGUGGGAGGAACUGUACAAGAAUAAACCUGAGGAUGACUAUGAAGAUCCCAAAGAUGUUCAAGCCAUCAAAGAGGCCCAGUUGUAUAUGGGAGACUUCAAUUUGAAGACAGCCCCAGACUAUAAGAUACCUGAACACAUGAGAAUAAAUGCUGCCAAGAAGGAAGAGGAACUGGGAUACCUCGACUCUAUGGCCUAUGCAAAGAAAAUGCACAUGAACAAGUGCAUUGUCUCUCUUCGAGACCUUAAAGUGGCUGUCAUUGAGGAAAUACAGUGUCUGGUGCAAGAACUGAAGAACAUUCAGUCGACUCUUCACACAUCCAAGUGCGUCCCCAUUCCCCAAGUCCCUCAGAUACACCCAGAAGAAGUUCCAGAAAAGAGAUUUCAGUAUGAUGAGGAAACCCUCCUAGCUUUUAAGCGACAGCAGAUGAAAAAUCAGGCUGAAGUGGCCCCCCAAAUGGAACAGGCAGUGUCUGCAGCCUCAGCAGGAGGCUUCCUCAGACUCUCUCCUGGAAAGGACGGGGAUUUGACCACUCGUGAUUCGUUGUCUAGAUCGUCAAAAGCAUCAGCAUUCACUCUAGAUAUUCCGAAGUUCUUAGAAUUUGAAAGAGCAGAUCCAACUGAAGUGGAGCUAGAGAUUAUGAAGAGAGACGAGAUUAAACACUUGUACAUGCAACAGUAUUUGAUCAACAGGAUCAAAGAACUGAUUGUCACUUUUGAUGCAGAACUCCGUCUCCUGAGACAUCAGAAACUGAAACUAGAUACUCAGAUGAAAUUAGCUGACCUGCACCAUGUCACAUUAUUUCAAGAAAUGCUUCUCCUGAAGAAUUUUGAAAAACAGGAGAACAUACUUCAAGAGCGUGUUAAUUCAUUAGACAAAGAGGAACAGGACAUGCAAUGGAAAAUAAAUGAAACUCUUAAAGAGAUGGAAGAGAAAAAGAAUGAAGUUGCCAAGCUCCAGGACCAAGAAAAGGCACUCUAUGCUGGUUUCCAAGCAGCCCUUGGAGAAAACAAUAAAUUUGCUAACUUUCUCAUGAAGGUACUAAAGAAGAGGAUUAAGCGGGUGAAGAAAAAGGAGGUUGAAGGAGAUGCUGAUGAAGAUGACGAAAGUGACGAAUCCAGUGAAGAAGAAUCCAGCUUGGAGAGUGAUGAGGACGAGUCUGGAUCCGAAGAUGAGGUUUUUGAUGAUUCUAUCUGCCCAACAAAUUGUGAUAUGGGUCUCUUUGAACUGGCCCUUCAACUUCGAGAGAAAAGGCUGGACAUUGAAGAGGCCUUAGUUGAAGAAAAGAAAAUGAUUGAUAACCUCAAAAAGGAAUAUGAUACAUUAUCCAAAAAAGUAAAAGUUGUGGCAACGAACCUGAAGGCGGCAGAGGGGGCCCUGGAAGCUUAUCAACGCGAGAAGCAGCAGCAGCUGAAUGAACUGCUGGUCGUGAUUCCUCUCAAGCUCCACCAGAUAGAGUAUGUGGUGUUUGGAGAAAUACCUACUGAUCUUUCUGGAAGUUUGGUCUUUUCCAACCAUUCCUUGGGACGACUGCAAGAGCGAAUUGUCCAGCUCCACGAGGAAAAUUCCAAGCAACAAAAACUUAACAAGGAAUGCCGGGAGAGGCGUAAACAACUCAUCCGAGAAAAGAGAGAGAUGGCCAAAGCUAUACAGAAAAUGGAAGAAACAGUCAGUCAACUAAUGGUCAGCAAGUUUGGCCGUGUGAUCAACCUAGAAGCCCUUCAGACACUUUCUGUGAAUACAACCCUUGAAGAACUAAAGAUCAAAAAACUUCGAAAGGAGCUAUCGAACGCAAAGGAAAUGAAGAUGUGGGAGGAAAAGAUCGCUCAAGUGCGAUGGGAAUUGAUGAGGAAGACAAAAGAACACACCAAAAACCUUCACCGGAUGAACGAUUUAUGUAUUGAAAAGAAACAACUUGAUUCUCGGCUGAAUACCCUACAGAACCAGCAGGGCAACGCGUUCCAGGGUCCUCGGAAAGCAGAUGCUGUGGCAAAAGAGAAGGUCACCAAACUGAUCCAAGUCCAGGCUGAAAGGAUUCUGGCCUUAAAGGAAGAGAUUGCUCUUCUGCGUAAGAAAGGUGGCCUUAUUCUGCCCCCCAUUCAUCCUCCACAAGAGACUGAAUGAAGCCCAUGGGCCUUUUAAGUUUGCUUUUUUUCUCAAAUCCAUCCAAGAUUCCUGACACUUAAUUCAACAGAAGUCCUGUUUCCUUGUCGCCGGCAACAAUCCUACUGUUUUAAAGUGAACUUAUCUAAAAGUCUAAAACCAGAUCCAGUCACGUAGUUUUAAUAAUUUUCCCCCAAUUGCUUAUCUUAAAAGUGACUACAGCACCCAAUGGCUAAUAAUUAUUGAACCUGAACCAUUUUAGAUGUGUUUGGAACCAAGUGGGUCAAAUAUGAAAUCUCAGGAGGCUGUAUCUCAAAUUGCCAGAAAGCAUCGGUAAUAUAUCCUGUUUUAGGAAAUUUGCUUUUUGCUUAUCUGAAUUUUUAACCAUUGGCAAGAAAAAUCUAUCAUUCAGCAUACUAUGAGAAAACUUUUUCUUGAUGGUUGGAUCCUUGGAAAAUAAACCUUGAUGUUAUCAAGUAUUCUC